AUGGAUGUUAUGAUCCCAUCCGACAACGCAGACUACGACACGAUUUAUAAUUACUCAGAUUAUUACUCUGAAGAAUCUCUGGAUAAAUAUGGACUUUGUGAAAAGACACACAUCAAGAACUUUGGACGUAUCUUUCUACCUUUAUUCUAUUCCAUAGUUUGCAUUCUCAGCAUCCUUGCUAAUUUAAUGCUAAUGUACAUUUUCAUCAAAUAUAAAACAUUAAGAAAAACAUUCCCUCUACACAUGAUGGUUUCCGACAUUCUUUUUGCAUCAACUUUUCCCUUCUGGGCAAUGUAUGCCCACAGCGGGUGGAUCUUUGGUGACCAUGGUUGCAAGAUAAUUACACUGAUAUACAUGGUCAGCUUGUACAGCAGUAAUUUGUUCGUUGCCUGUAUGCACCUGCAUAGAUGCACUGGUGGAGUUUUCUUCCUCUGGAGCAUAAGGAACCUGAACUGCUCUUUAAAGACUGGCAUAAUGUGUGCUGUAGUGUGGUUUGUCUCAUUUUUAGCUUCAAUUCCAAAUAUCUGUUUUGCGGAGGCACACGAUAAAGAAAAGACAUGUAUGAAUAAUGUUGGCCACAGCAAAGCUUGGAAAACUUUUAUGAGAAGUGAGAUAAUUCUCUUAGGCUUUUGCAUACCUUUCAUAAUGAUGCUCCUCUGUACCCGAAACCUCUUUGCUUCGCUCAGGGAAAAAGAUCCGGAAACAGUUGAGGAAGAUCUUGUCUGGUCAGAGGGAGUUUUUACUCGACUCAUUUGA